AUGUUGCCGAACUCUGUAAGUCAAUACAAAACAAAAUGUUACCAAUGUCAAAAGGUAAUACAACGUGUUCGUGAUCUGUUAGACAAUAUAGAUAUUAUAAGAAAAAAUGAAGUAUUGGCUAUAUGCGAUCAUUGUAAGCGAUCUAAUCUAAAAUUUAAGUGUAGGCGAUGUGAAUACAUGUUGGAGAGAUUUAUAUCAUGUAGAGUGCACCAAACUGAAAGUCUCAGAGAUGAAUACGCGGCUUGGCGGCAAACUGUGAAAAAUACUCUAAUGACAAUUAUUGAUGUACAAAACACUUGUCCACAUAGGGUUUGCUUUGUUCGAAAUUCAGAUACGGAACUUAAGAAACUUAUCAAUUUACUGAAAGUGCCAUCGCCAAGGAUCCAACCUCGCGUAGAUACGUUUCCUUCCAGGAAGAUUGCACUGCCACUUCCCGUGGACGACGAAACCAAAAACGUUUUAUUGGAAAUGAUAAAUGAAAUAAGCUUAGAUAAAGUGUCAAACAAAGAGUCUGCAUCAUUUUUAAGUACGUGUAUGUGUAGAUAUUUUAACGAACGAAAAAAUGAACGCAUGCAUACUAAAGUAUCCCUGGAGCUACCAGUUAUUAAAGAUGGACGAGAAUUACCAGUUAUUAAAGAUGGACGAGAAGGAAACGAGAAGGAAAAUUCUCAAAUGAAUGACUUAUUUAUGCUAGGAGCUUCAGGAAUGUUAGAUGGUGACGUGGAUAAAAAUAAUCUCAUUAAUCAAAAUGCCUUAAAAGGUUUUAAAAAGGUUUCAGGUCGUGGAAAUAAUGGAAGAUCAUUUGAAAAAAGCGAUGGUAAAAAAAAACAAGACGGUGAAUUGACUGACGAAGACAAAGCAAAUACCGGAAAGUCACCGGGGAAAACAAAAGAAAGAAAAUAUAAACUUGAUCCAGAAUAUGAACUUAUGUUGCAAUUAAUAAAAAUCCACAAAGAAGAAGCAAAAUUGAAAGCAGGAAAAACUAAAUCUACUCUACGUAUUUUGAAAAAUAUGCCUAAGAUUGAUCCUCUUCCCGAAUUGCCUGUGUGUCUACCUAAACCUCGGAGAUCUGAUGCUCAUUUACUAACCGCAGGAAGUACUUUAGUGUGUACGCCUCGUGAUAGUCUACCGCGUGUUAUGAUACGUGGCACACGAAUGGUAUCUCGAGAUCAGCAAAUGAAAACAAAAACCCCUACUACAUUGGAACCUAUACUCUUUAAAAAUCAAAUUCAAUGUGUUACCCCAGUUGAACCAUCAUCUAAAACUUCAACAAUGUCAUCUUCAUCAAAAAGUAUAAUGGAAGAGAUGCCUAAAAGUUGUUUUGUUGGUAAGGGAAUAACAAAAUACGCACUUUCAAAGAAAGAAUUUAUUGAUAAAGGAUGGACUAUGUUGCCAACCACGAAAACUAUGAGAAGGAUGAACAUAUAUAAAAUGGAGCCAACAAAUCCUCAUUUCGAUUGGUUUAAGACUCAUGCACAUAAAAGGGCUCUGUUCUAUGAUACGACGGAAAUUUUAGCAGAAAUAAAUGAAAAUGGCUGUGGUGGUAAAUGGUUUUACAAAAAUGGUUCUGUGGCACUCCAUUUUUGUCACGGUCGUCAUGAUAAGUAUAGGUAUAUUAUUUAUGACUUAAACGAAGACGAAUAUGCGGACAUAAAGAAUAUAAGAAGGCCAGUGACUAUUUUGGCUUGUUUUGAUUAUUUGGGAAACGGUGUUGUGUAUGAUCAGUCCGGAAAGGCCAGGAUAAAAUACAAUCAAUCCGAAGGAAUUGUUAUUGAUAGUAAAAUUGGCGCUCCAAGUAAAUGGAAAUGGCAUUCGCUAAACGAUCCCCCUGUUUUACAAAAUGUUUACAUGGACAACAAGAUAGCAGAUGAUACACUUUUACAAAACUUAAUUAUACCUGAUGAUAUAAAGGUUUUUAAUAUAGACAAUUACUCUAAAGAAAUCGAUGAAGACAUGUUGGCGAUUGAGUUUGAAAACUUUGUAAAAGGCAAAGCUAAGAAAAUUAUGCAAAAAAUGACAUCAUAUAAAAUACGUAUGAAGGCUGUAAAAAUUAAUGAAUUUUUUUCCUUGAGGAUCAUGGAUCAAGAGAAUAUUUAUAUUCUUUUUAGAAAUGGGCAUAUUUGUUUAAAGUUGAACAUAGGCAUGCACUUAAAGAGCAAUGAAAUAAUUGAUACUAUAACAAUUGAUGUUGCAGAAGUUUUAACGCCAUAUGAUGAUGUACCAGAUACAAAGAGCCUUUCCGAUAUUCAUGAUGUACUCCGCUGCAUGCAAAACUUUAGUAAAUCAAGACAUUGAUAAGAAAAAUAUUACACAUACCGUGUUCAUCGAUUUUUUUUUACUUUUUAUUUUAGAAUUUAGUUGUCUGUUGAAGGAUACACUUUACACUG